AAACCUAGGGAGUGUUGGAGGUUGGGGUCCUGUCCUGUGGCCCUCCUUCCUUUCGGGCCCGGACUGACUUGAGUCUUGAGUCAGUUUAGGAAAGGAUGUGCAUCUGUCGAGACGCAAUCCUUCACACGUGAGGAUGGAAGGAAAAGGUGGACUUUUGUGUCGAGAGGGAAAUCUUUGGUAAUAAAGUGGAAGAAGAGCAAUAGGUGAUCUGUAAGCGCUUGAAUGAGUAACACUGAUAGAUCCGUUGUUCCUGCAGAGGACUUCGUCGUACCUGGGAUAUGAUGCAAAACCAACUUAUUAUUACAGAGGACGAUGAGAUGACCAAUGAAGUAAAGAAGCAUGGCAAGAAUACCAAAGCCGGGGGGCUGGCUUGGCAGAACGUCCUGGCCAACCCCAGCCAGCGUCUGGGAGCCCUGCACAAGAACUCCAGAUUAGCUGACCUCACCGUCUGUUUUCCUGGCCAUGAUUUGCCUUCCAUUAAGGCCCACCGGCUCGUCUUGGCCAUGAGCUCGCCCGUCUUCGAGGCGAUGCUUUUUGGCCCCCUAGCUGAAGGACCAGAGCUGUACCUUCACGAAGAUCCCCCGGAGGCGUUCGAGUGGCUCCUUGAGUACAUUUACAAGGGGCAAACUCAGCUCCCUGGCGUCAGGCAGGCGGUGCAGAUAUACCAGCUGGCUAGCAAGUACCAGAUGGAACCUCUGAUCAAGCUGUGCUCUGACCACCUGCGAGCUUCGCUGACAGCCUCCAACCUCCCCGAAAUGUACGACACAGCUGUUUUGCUCGAGGACAACCAGCUUCUCGAACGAUGCACAGAGGUGGUCAACCGUUCCCCGAGAUCGGUGCUGACCUCUUCAAGCUUCGGUCGUCUGAGUCGGUCUGCCCUCAGCCACCUCCUGCAGAAUCCUCUCCAUAUCUCGUCGGAAGUUAUCCUCUUCGAUGCACUGGUCACAUGGGGAAAGUGCCAGCCCAACUCAUCAAGUCUGCGGGAGGAGAUCAAGGAUUUCCUUUCUAAAGUCAGGUUCUUGGUGAUGACUACCGACGAAUUCGUGGAACACGUGAUGCCCACCGGCGUCCUAACGCUGGAGGAGAUGAGUGACAUCCUGAUGAACAUCAAGCUGCUGACCAACAUCCCCUUGCCAUCUCUGUGCAGCAGCAUCAGGGAGAAACGGAAGCUCUUCGUGGAGAGCCUCAUGAGGACCCUCACCCUGACCACCCAUCACCGCUUCCCCAAACAGAAGAGAGGAGGCUCUGGGUCCCGUCAGAGUAUCUUGGUCCACAGCUCCCACGAACAGAUCCUUCUGAUGAACUUCAAGACGAACGUCAACAUCCAGCUGGGAAGGCUAACUUGCAAGGUUCUCAACCCGACCUCUGGCGGUUGUCUGGUCGCCGUCAAAAACGCUGACGGCGAGGUCAUUGACAGUGCCACAUCCGACGGCCGCAAGUACGAGGUGCAUUUCGACACCCCAAUAACGAUUGAAGCCAACAUCCCCCACAGCGUCACGGUGUGCAUGGAGGGUCACUGGCCCAGAGGAGAACUCGGAGAAUUCAAAGCCGACGACGACGACGUCGAGGUGGAAGGGAACAUCGCCUACACUGAAGGGAGAUCUGGCACAGUUCUUCUUCAUUAUUGGUCUUUCAAUUGAUCUACUCCCCUGGCAACGCACUUCAGUGGUUUUUUUUUCUCCCACAUCUGUGAUUUCGAUACCAAAAAUAGGUUAAGCUUAUUUAUUACUGCCUGGCUAUGAAGUGCCUCGGGGUUUUUUUUGUUCUAUCCCUUCAUUUUUAGGCUUAGAAGACGUUUUGCUCUGCAGCAUCGUAUUGUUUCGUUCUGUGAACAAUUUGCUAUGCUUGGAGGAAGGCUUGGGUAAUGCAGUGAGCAGUACUCCUUUUCAGCCACAAUUUAUAAGGGCUCACAGCUGCUAACUUUACUGUUCUUUAUGAGUUUUUUUUUUUUUUUUUUUUUUUUUUUUGUUCCUUUGAGCAUCUGGGUUUUUAAGACAAUGACUUGUUUAUUUUACAUGCUGAAACUUUAUCCCAUUAUCUAUACUGAGGCACUUUUAUGCAAUAAGGAAAAGAAUCACACUGUCGCACAAUACCACUGACAUUUACUUUGCCUUGCUCAGACGCGAGAAACGGCUCCAGAAACCUGUACUAGAUUGUAAGUCAUUUCCAGACUGAUUUCAUUCAAUCCAUUUUGACAAUCUAAUUUGUUUUUAUUAUUGCUGUUAUUAUUACUAUUAUUUAGAUGAUGAUGCAGUGGCUAUGAAGCUUUGAUAGUUUUUUUUUCUCACCAAUGAGAAGGUGAAUGUGACAAUAACUGCUUGUCUUGCCCUUUUCUUUAAUUCAUUCAAUCUUAGUGAAAACGGCAUAUUGGUGAAAAUGAUUAUCAUCACUACCCCUGACAACUAUGCACGUAUAGUAUCUGUAGUUCUUAUUCCUUUUCACAUUGAUGUUGCGAAUCAUCGUCCGUGAAGCUCAAACGAUUGAAUAACAUUAGGACGAUGUCAUAUUUCAUAAAGAGAUCAAUCAUUCAGGUUUAAUUUCCGAUAUAUAGAACCAUAUUAACCAUUAAUAGAAGUAGAUUUGACGUUUAAGGUAAAAUUUCAAUAUACCGAAGUUUUCAGUUGUAAACUUUAUGCUCAAAGAAAGUAUUUUAGUUCAGUCUUGUAGAAAUUCAUAUAGCGCAUGAAAAUCAUUUUAACGGGAAACAUUUAUUACAUUAAUAAUUGUCCACCAAGAUAUUGAUAGUUAUUUUGCCUUCUCUUUUGUAUGAUCAUCAUUAAUAUUCUUUCUAUACCAAUGACGUCAUUUUGAAUAUUUUCGAACCGAACGAUCAGAUGAUUGAAAAUUUCCCGAAGAUUAUAAUAACCCAAGUUACAUAUAUUAUCGCCCGUUUGGACUUUGUAAUAAGGCUCAAACUCCAAACUAACAUUCGGUCUCUAGUGGUCAAAUAUUAACCUCAUCGUCCAAAAGACAUGAUUCCCAAAGUAGCAGAAGUUAUAAACAUAGAAAUUAAGUGAAUCACUUAAUUAAAAUUGUACUGAAAAUAGGCAGCCACGUAUUGCUAUUGCGUCAGGUACUGAUGAAUAUUUGUCAUAUGUUUCAACAAUAUGCUUAAGAUUUUGUACUGUAUCAUAUAAAACAAGAAAAGACUGGUGAGAAUUAGAUGCAUCAUCUAAUCUGAUGCAUUUAUAUAUUAUAUAU